AUGAUCUCUAAGAACGCUGGUGGUAUUGGACUUAACAUCCACCGUAUCCGUGCCACUGGCUCUUACAUCGGCGGCACCAACGGCUCUUCCAACGGUAUCGUUCCUAUGCUGCAGGUGUACAACCACACCGCUCGCUACGUGGAUCAGGGUGGUAACAAGCGCCCUGGUGCAUUUGCCAUCUACCUCGAGCCCUGGCACGCCGAUGUGUUCGAGUUCCUUGACCUUCGUAAGAACCACGGUAAGGAGGAAGUCCGUGCCCGUGAUCUCUUCUAUGCUCUGUGGACCCCCGAUCUGUUCAUGAAGCGAGUCGAGGCCAAUGGUGACUGGACUCUUUUCUGCCCUAACGAGGCCCCCGGCCUUGCUGAUGUGUACGGUGACGAGUUCGACGCUCUCUACGAGCGAUAUGAGAAGGAGGGCCGUGGCCGCAGCACCAUCAAGGCUCAAAAGCUCUGGUAUGCCAUUCUCGAGUCCCAGACCGAGACUGGAAACCCUUUCAUGCUGUACAAGGAUGCUUGCAACCGCAAGAGCAACCAGAAGAAUCUGGGAACCAUCCGCAGCUCCAAUCUGUGCACUGAGAUUAUCGAAUACAGUGCCCCUGAUGAGGUUGCUGUCUGCAACUUGGCCUCUCUGGCUCUUCCCACCUAUGUUGACGCUGCCCGUGGCGAGUAUGACUUUGGCAAGCUGCACGAGGUUGUUCAGGUCCUGGUGCGCAACCUGAACAAGAUCAUUGAUAUCAACUACUACCCUGUUCCCGAGGCUAAGAAGAGCAACUUCCGCCACCGCCCCAUCGCCUUGGGUGUGAACGGUCUGGCUGAUGCUUUCCUCGCUCUGCGUCUUCCCUUCGACUCUGCUGAGGCUCGUCAACUGAACACGCAGAUCUUCGAGACCAUCUACCACGGUGCUCUCACUGCCUCCUCCGAUCUGGCGAAGGAGUUCGGUCCUUACGAGACAUACGAAGGAUCUCCCGUUUCGCAGGGUAUCCUGCAGUAUGACAUGUGGGACCGUACCCCUACUGAUCUGUGGGAUUGGUCGUCGCUGAAGGCUAAGAUCGCUGAGACCGGUGUUCGCAACAGUCUCUUGGUCGCUCCUAUGCCUACUGCCAGUACCAGUCAGAUUCUGGGCUUCAACGAGUGCUUCGAGCCAUAUACCUCCAACAUCUACUCUCGUCGUGUGUUGGCUGGUGAGUUUCAGGUUGUCAACCCUUGGCUCUUGAAGGACCUGGUGGACCUGGGUCUCUGGUCCGACAACAUGAAGAACCGCAUUAUCGCCGAGGGUGGAUCUGUGCAGAACAUCCCCAACAUCCCUGCCGAUAUCAAGGCUCUGUAUAAGACUGUCUGGGAGAUCUCCCAGCGUGCUAUCUUGCAGAUGGCUGCCGACCGUGGUGCUUUCAUUGAUCAGUCCCAGUCCCUGAACAUCCACCUCAAGGAGCCCACCAUGGGCAAGAUCACCAGUAUGCACUUUGCUGGCUGGAAGAUGGGUUUGAAGACUGGCAUGUACUACCUGCGUACCAUGGCCGCCUCCGCUCCUAUUCAGUUCACCGUCGACCAGGAGCAGCUGAAGGUCGAGGACACCAACGUCGCUCGUACCAACGGCGCCUUCGCCAAGCGUGCUGGUGGUGGCUCUUCUGCCUAUUCGGCUGUGCCCCGUGCCAAUGGCGCUCCAGUUGCCGCUGCCGCCGUUGAUGGCCCCAUUGAAGAGGCCCCUCGCACUGUCGUUGAGCCUACCCCUGCUGUCCCUGCUCCUGUCCCUGCUGUUGAGACCAACGGCUCCAGUGACGCUCCCGAGGGCGAGAAGUCCGAGGCCGACAUCUAUUCCGACAAGGUUCUACAGUGCAGCAUCGAGAACAAGGAGGCUUGCCUCAUGUGCCAAGGUUGA